AAUUACGUUCAUAUGUGUGUCGAAUUGAUUGUCCGUAAAACCAGACGAUCAAUUCGACAAUCAUAUCGUAUCGCCUCAUUAUAUACGUGGAAAACUAGAGGUGAAUAUAAAAUUUAAAGCACCGGAAACCCUAAUGAUAGGUUUAGACAGCGAGUACAGUACAGUCCAGUCCAUCCAAUCCCCAGUAGCCGGUUUGUUUUUCCGUCUUACUGGACCGAAUCCGGUUACCAAAAGUAAACAUGCAAGUCCUAAUGGACCGAUCCGGUUGCCAAAAUUACACACACGUCCAGCCCACUCCCGCGCGUGCCCACGCGCUCUCCUCCCGGCGAUACUCACCGUACCCCUUAUAUUCACCUCGAUUAUUCCUCCCAUCCCCAUCUAUCUCUCUCCUCCGAUUUCUCGAUUUCUCUCUCAACAAUGUCUGAAUUACCGGAAUCAUCGCCCUUCCCGUCCAAAUCACCGCCGUUCCGCGAGGACUGCUGGACGGAGGAGGCCACGGCGACGCUCGUCGACGCCUGGGGCCGCCGCUACAUUGAUCUGAACCGCGGAAAUCUCCGGCAGAAAGACUGGCAGGAGGUCGCCGAUGCGGUCAAUUCAAGGCACGGUCAUAGCAAGAAGACUUUGCGUACGGACGUGCAGUGUAAGAAUCGGAUUGAUACGCUUAAGAAGAAGUACAAGGUGGAGAAAGCUAGGGUUGUGGAUUCCGACGGCGCGGCGGCCAGCAAUUGGAUGUUCUUUGACAAGCUGGAUUUUCUGAUUGGGCCGAAGAUGUCGGAGACGAAGUCGCCGCCGACGGCGAUUCCGUUGCCGAUCCGGCGCGGGGAGAGGAUUGAGCCGCUGGCGGUGGCGCUGCCGCAGAAGAGAUCGGCGGCCUCAGUUGCGGAUGAUUCGUAUUUCAGGAGGAAUUACUCUGCUGUUGCUGCGGCUGCUGCGGCGGUUGAUGAAGACGAUGACGAGGAGCAGGAACAGGAGGUCAGUGAGGAGAUUGGUGGCAACGGGAGGGAGCAGGGACUACAGAUGCUGGCAAAAGCAAUUGACAGGUUUGCCAAUAUGUAUGAGCGAGUGGAGCGUGACAAACAGCUGCAGGUCAUAGAAUUCGAAAAGCAGCGUAUGCAGUUUGUGAAGGAUCUGGAGGUGCAGCGGAUGCAGCUGCUGAUGGACACUCAGGUCCACUUGGAAAAGAUGAAGCGCGCCAACCGCUCUGGCUCUGGAUCUGAUGACAUGUACCAGUAACGAAAUUGGAGAAGGCGGUGCUGGAUGUUAUCAGUUAAUGUUAUAAACUAAAUAUUCCUUUUAAUCUAGGUGGUUUCUGAAAUUGUGAGGUAGGAUUUACCCAAUUUCAACAAUUUAUGCACAUUGCACACCAUUAGAAGAGGAUUUUCUAUAAUGGUUUUCCUGUUUGUAGAAUUUUCAGUUUUUAUGAUUGGUAUAGAGAUUUUUAAGAGGUCAAA